AUGUCGAAGUUGAAAACUGUCUUCUCAUUUUUGGAUAAGAAAGAAAAUGGAGAGAUUGGAGUGGACGAUGUCGGCGCUGUACUGAGAGCUUUCGGGUACAGGCCAACUGAUGAAGAACUCCAAUACAUGGUCCAAGAAGUAACCCAAAAUCAUGAGAAAGGUUCAAUUACCUUCAACGAAUUCUUAGCGCUGAUGACGGAGGAGGACACCGAAGAUGACCUGAAAGAAAUGUUCAGUGUGUUUGACAAGCAUGACAAAGGGUUCAUCAGCGUGUCUGAUCUACGUGAAGUCCUGAUCGAGCUCGGUAUCAAAACAACCGAUCGCGACAUCGACGAGAUGAUUGAAGAGGUUGAUGGGGAUCUGUCCGGCCACAUCACAUACACUGACUUUACAAGGAUCGUCACGUCGCAAUGAAUACAUCAGCAUCACCGAAUUAAUUCGCACCUUAGAGGCGGAGAGUGUUGGGCUUAAAGUGGGAUGGGUGGGGGGCAAGUAGGAGUACAAAUCAAGUUUUCCGUUAAUUAUGAACCCUGGCUGGGCCCCUUAAAGAAAAAGGUUGGCGAUCAUAAUUAUUAUAUUUAUUAUUAAAGCCAUUUGUAUGAUUAUUGCUUUAUUAACAAUAGUGCACAUGAUAGUGAUCUUGUUUGGCAAUUACCAUUUUGUGAUUGACCGCAAACCUUAGUGUUACGGCCGCGGGCGCUGGGGCGGAUAUAUUAUACUCAGUCGGGGUCAAAAAUACCCCCAUCAGUACAUAAUUAGGUGUCAAAUUAUAUUUUGUUGCAAUACUGGUGGUUUUACUAGGCGUUAAACUUGCAAUAUUCCUCUUAUCACGAUAUUAGUGAUAUAAAAUCCAUCAAAAUGGUAUCAAAUUUAGGAGAAACAGUUAUUAAAUGGCUGUGCUUACUCAUGAGCGAACGGUAUAGACCCAGUACAUAUUCAAUAUAUGCAUGAUUCUUUCCUGGGGAUCUAUUAACGAGUUAGUCCAUCAACCUGUUAUUAGUAAAUGAACUACAAUAUGAAUCGAGUCUGCAUUCAUAACUUGUUGAUAUAUCCGUGAAGCUCGGACAAGCUUUCAGGUGAUCAACCUUUGCUUAAAAAGUAUGAAUACAAUUUCAAUAAUUUAGUAAAAUGGUACAUUGCAUAUCAUUGUAA